GCAUGAUGAACACCACCCACAACAUGACACUCCCCAUAUCCACCCUCUGGUUUGAUUAUAAAUGACAACUUCAUAGUGGAGAGGAACCACAAACUCUUCCUGAAGUGAUUCACAUCUGUAAAGUCUUCAAGUCUCUGCUGACGUCACACGCAGGGAUAGGCUGCGUCACGUGGUACAACUUUCCAAACCGGUGUGUUUUCAGAAAAAAACUAAAUGCGGAGAAACAAAAAGCUGGAAAAGGCCUUUGGUUUCAUAUGUAUCAUUCGAGGUUUUACCGACUGAACUCAAUGGAAACCAUGCUUAAGGAAGAACGCAACAUGGAGAAUGUUGUUUUUCUUUAUUUGAUGCUGUUGACACAGCGUUAGUAGUCUGUGAUUACCCAAUCAGGCGUCUAGUUCUUGAACAGGGAUAAUUUAUAUAUUCUAGAGGAGACUCCAUUCUUCGUGUCCAAACAUGCCCCACUACAACGAUGUACGCACAGACUCGCUUCCGAGUCUUCACGAAUUGACCGAUCACAGGACAUCUGACUCUUUAUGCUCCGAACCACCUCCCCUUCCGGACCUACCACCGAUAGACCCAGAGAAUGCCCCCGUCGGAAGCAAGGACAACGGGGACUCUGCCCUCGACAUCAAACCCGUCCACCGUUUCUUCCCAGACACAUGGAAGAACUUCUUCAGGUCCAGCAGCGGAAGCAGCAAGCUGAAGUCAAUGUUGGGCUCGAGCAGCAAGAACACGACCACUGACGGCGUUCCUUGUUCUCCGCCGCCAUCACCAUCUGUUCCCGGUUCCUACCGCGACCAGUACGGCGGAUCCGGAGGCAGUUAUAACUCCCGUAAAGAACGCGAGGCAAUGCUGUUGGAGUCCAUUGAUGGGCAUACUGUGCACACAGCUUUGACAUACAGCGAAAAAGUUGAGGAAUACAACCAGCGCUACGCCUACAUGAAGUCUUGGGCUGGACUUUUACGUAUUCUUGGUUGCGUCGAGCUGCUUCUUGGAGCAGCGAUUUUUGCAUGCGUUUGUGCUUACAUUCAUAAAGACAAUGAGUGGUAUAACAUUUUCGGAUACUCGCAGCCUGGUGGGUUUUACAGUGGAGGUUACAGCGGCUCUUACGGAGGAGGCGCUUACGGUAAUGCCAACUACACCGGACCCAAGACGCCGUUCAUCCUAGUGGUGGCAGGAUUGGCGUGGAUAGUGACCAUAAUCAUUCUUGUCCUGGGAAUGACCAUGUACUAUCGAACUAUCCUUCUAGACUCAAGUUGGUGGCCUUUAACGGAGUUCUUCAUAAACCUGACUCUUGCAGUCCUGUUUUUGGCAGCGGGUUGUGUGUACGUGAAUGACACUACUCGAGGUGGACUCUGCUCCUAUCAGGCCUUCAAUAACGGCAUCAAUGGUGCUUUCUGUCGCACUGAUGCUGGGCAGACCGCUGCUAUCAUUUUCCUGUUCUUCAUCAUGAUCGUGUACUUGGUCGGAGCCAUUGUGUGUCUGAAAUUGUGGCGUCACGAGGUGGCUCGGCGACUUCGAGAACAAAACGGACAGGAGAUGCAGCCAAAAGAUUCUCCUGUUGCUGAUCACUUGGUUGUUGAUGGUUCAAGGGAGCCGAUGCCAGUCUCAGCAUUGGUACAGCACACUGCCACCCCAGCCGUCACAAAGCCCAAAUUUGUGAAAGGCCAUAUUCCAGCUGGACACGCUCCAAAACCUGUGAUCAUGCCGGACUACAUCGCUAAAUAUCCAGCCAUCGGAACGGAUGAGCAGCGGGAUCAGUAUAAAGCCGUGUUUAAUGACCAGUAUUCUGAGUAUAAAGAGCUGCAUGCAGAAGUUCAAGCGAUAUUGAAGAAGUUUGAUGAAAUGGAUGUGAUGAUGCAGAAAUUACCACAAAACCCAACCAGCCACACAGAGCGUGAUCACAUCAACAAAAUCCGGCAGGAAUAUCAGAGGAAGAAGAUGGACCCUUCAUUUCUGGAGAAGAAGGAAAGAUGCGAGUACCUGAAGAACAAACUUGCGCACAUCAAACAAAGGAUUCACGAGUUCGACAAAGUCAUGGGCUGGAACGAUGGUUACGGCUGAAACAGGCAGCACUAGAUUCAGUCAUGCCAUGACGGUCCUUCAUUUUUAGCUGGGACAUCAUAUUACACUGAACAUGUGACCACUGUAUCUGCAGAGCCAUGCUAGUCUGGAUUUAUGUUACUAACAGUAAUCCAAUGAGGGAUCGAUAACUUGCAUGCUCUUAAUGUGCACGCUCUUGACUGAAAAUAUUUUCUUUUUCAUUUUGUAUUUCUCAAUGCUGACUAAAAGUGCAUGAAUGUUUAAAGAGAUACUCUGUGCACAGUUUGUGCAUGAAUACAGAACUGCUGUUUUUUUAAUCAGUUCAUUCAUUUGUUUUUCUGUGUUGAAGUUCUAUUUGAUCUGAACAACAGCCUUGUCCUUAUAUAUUCAGUGUUGUACAUGCAUUUUGAUGUGUUGAAUAGGUGAUUUAUAUGCAAAUAAUGUAAAGAGUGGAAAGGUGAAGCAUUUCAUGCAGAUUUGUUGUAACUGAAAUAAUCGUUGAAUAAAAAGUCCGGUCAGGAAACACUUCAGACACAA